AUGGCAUUUUUUCAAUUAGUUCUCCAAGCGAGGAAUCUAGAGAAAGCUAGAUUGAGGUACGAAGAUGAGAAAUUGAGAUCGAUUGAGAUUUCCGAGGGUGUCAAGCCGCAUCUGACUUUGAAGCAGCGUCUCCGACGAAAGAGAUUAAAGUGUAUCGUGUUUCUAUUGCUACCGCAGUUCUUUUCUAAACGUGGCAGACAGGCCUUGAUAGCUUAUGCCUUUAUUCUAACACUUACCGGACCGUCAAAGAAUAUCUUGCAUAAUAUUAGUAUCCUUUCGGAGUCUUUAGCCUGUGGACAGGAACAAUUAAAGCAAGCCUUGAAGAAUGUAGUUGAUUUAAUAAAAGAACCCUUCUACGCUUUGAGAGACGCAAUAUCGAAAGUAAUAAAGACGAUAAAGGUGAUCAUGAAGAAAAUUAAGCGGACUCUCGUAGCUAUCAAACGACUCAUGCUAAGUAUACUAAGAGUGAUCACGUCGGUUUUCCAAUGGCUGGGCAGGGUUGUGAAUAUUUGCAACAAGAAGCUGGGUUCGCCGUACGACAGGUGUCGGACAGUCUUUGAAGGUGCGGUAGAUGACUGCAAGGCGAAGCUUGGUCCCCUUUUCAAAGGGAUUUGCAAUAUAACGUACGUCGUCCGUACUUUGUGCUAUACAGUGAAACCUCUAGACUUCAUCUGCAUACUCGUAUCUUAUGUCGCUGAUACUAUAGUUAACGAUGUACAGGAAAAGAUCAAAAGAUUCACUCGCCACAUAAAAGCGAUGUUCUACGUUAAAGUGAAAUUUUCGCAUUCUUUCCAUUUUGAGACGAAUCAAACUAAAACCAUCGAAGAUGUAUCAACUGAUAUAAUUACAGAGAUACAAGCAAAGACCAAUAAAUUUUUAGCUGUAUUUGAUUGGAUGAGUUUCGUGACCAUUUUCUUCAUUUUUUUCAUGCUGCUAAGGAUUUUGCAUUAUCGGCAUAAAUGGCUGACGAGCGAUCGGUUUGAUAAUCGCUACUUGACUGAUGAUCUGCGUACUAUCGAUCUAAUAAGAACACGUCAGGAUAAGGAAACCAUUUUGCCGUUAAACCGCCGCGAAAGAAAUCAAUACAUCCCACUGACGUCCGUCACUCUGAUCAAAGUAGAAAAAAUAAAGCUCGCGAAAUCUGUAGUUUUUUUGGGCUUAACGACGAUUAAAAUCUGCAUUCAUAUGAUGGCGGACUACAGUCUUUAUUGGGUUCUUAGCACUAUUAGAUAUAACGGACGGAUCGAAAUGAAGGUCCAACGACCCAAUUUCGUGGGCGUCCAUGUGUCUGGUGACGGCUAUCUCGCCGACCUUUAUCGAAGCAUCGUGAAAGCCUUCACGCCACACGCGAAGGAUGUAGAAAUCAAUAUGAUACCCUGCCUCCCAGAUCCCAUCCCUCCAGAUUUAGAUCGGUAUACGCAGAUUGUGACGUUGAUCGCCUUCUGCUGGAUUAUGGCGAUAUUUGAACCGUACGGAUUACGAUUGCGACAUAUCGUGAUGUGCAAAUAUCAUCCGGAAAGAGCAAAGCAAAGAGCUGCUUGGUUGUAUAAUCAUAUAAUUAGAUCGAGAGGAAGCUUUCUGAAAUUUGCACGACGCCAGUUGCGCCGCAAGUUCGGCAUGACUGAGGGAAUCGAGAGAGUCACGUUCAGAGAACGAUGUCUGGCUAUUUGCCCUUUCCUGAACAAAUUCUUCCCUCAAAAGCAGAACGUGUGUCUCCUGUGCGGUUCCGUGGAACGUUCCGAUCAGGAACCGCACAUUAAAUGUGUUACGCCAGGCUGCCUCGGUUUAUUCUGCAUCCAAUGUUUCGCAGACUUGCAGAAUCUCUGCACGAUUUGCCGAUCGCCUAUCGAGUACGGCGAUUUGUCGGAUAUUAGCGAGGAGCGAGAUUCGUCGGAUGAUCAAUUGAUUGCAAGAAAGGAACCUGUGCCAAUAAGUUAUGUCGAUGAAAGAAAAGAACCAAUUGUAGAAGAAAAACCAAAAGAAGAAGUAGAAAUAAAAAAAGAAAUAGAAGAAGAAAUAUCGGAAAAAAGGGUACCAGAAGAAAUAAUACCGGAAGAAGAAGUGCCAGAGGAAAAAGUGCCAGAGGAAAAAGUGCCAGAGGAAAAAGUGCCAGAGGAAAAAAUACCGGAAAAAAGAAUAUCUGAAGAAAUGAAAGAAGAAAGAAUAGUUGUUGAAAAGAAGAAUGUAGCAGUCCAAACAGACGAUGAUACUAGUGGAAGUAGUUCUGAGUCGGUCUAUAGUUAUACUUAUCAAGAAGGAUCACGAGAGAUCGAAGUCGAGCAUCGGAGAAUGCCAUUCAAAGACAUUGAAGCGCAGAAAAUAAGAGAAGACGUUACGAUUCAAAUUUUUAACGAGCCAUUGGCGAAGGAAGUUACUUCGAGCAGCGAGGAUCCAACAUCCUGUUUCGUGGUGAGAGCUCGUAGGAGGCUUCGUACCAGGUUGAAAAGGAAAUCCUGCUCUUCCCCGCGUAAGAAUGAUUCCAGUUCGUCUACGUCAAUAGCGGACACCGAGUCUUGCACUACACAAGAGCUAGAUGAGGAAGAGGUAAUUCACAUUGAGAUAGACGACAGCUCAAAGGAAUUACUCUUAAAAGACGAUACUGCCAAAGCAAGAAAACGAAGUAGUCGCGUAAGAAGAAUCCUUGCUGCACUCACAAAAAUUUCUUGGCUCGGUAAAAGAACGACGACCGAUAGCGAUGGCGAAUGGCGAAUGAGAAAACCGUCUCUCCUAGAUAGAAUAGUACGGAUGCUUUCUGGAAAUCAAUCUACCUCGCCCGUACAAACGUAUCGACGAAUUCGCACUACGAAAAAAGAUGCGAAGCAUAAGAGCUCUUCUUCCGUUUCCUCGUCUUCCACCGAUGAAGAGAACGAACAGCACGCGCUCUUAAAGGCGCAUGAUCGGCAAGUAAAUUGUUUGCAAAUCAUUUCAGAUCAUGACGAUUCCGAGGAUAACAUUUACAGCAGAAAUUAUGAUUCGCAUCGUGCACGACGCGGAACGAUCUGUCGCCAACCAGAUUCUCACGUGAGAGCUGACGAUGUAAAACUGAGACAUCCUCACGAGAAGAAAUUUACGAUGAAAAAGUUACCAAGAUAUCUUCAGCCAAUUUCGAAGGAUACGACGUACUUCGAAGUGAACGAGAUUAUAGAUUCGAAACGAAGAUGUGUUCUCCCGACAGUAUGCGUUAAUAUUUUAUCAGAUACCAGAAUAUUCGACAAUCAAAAAACAGACAAAUCAAACGUCACUAAUGAUGAUUACAUUCAAAUUCCUUGUUCAUGUAUGUCGCAAACAUCUUGCGAUGAUAUCAAAGAUAGCAUAAGUCAAUCGGACGUGAGUAUUACAGAACAAACUAAUGAAAUGUCUAAAACAGACACAAUGACGGAAACGGAAUUGUUGACUACUGAUUGGGAAAGAUUAGAUCGAAAAAAAAAAGCAGAAGAAAUUGUCACUACGGAAGAAACAUCGAUAGAUAGUGAAAUAGAACAACAAAGAGCUCUAAUCGAAAAUAAUCGAAAGGGAUCGUUAGCGAAAAAUAGCAAAACAAUUGCGGAGUUAAAUAAUUUUGCAGAAGAAAUAGGUGUGAGAAAAUACUUUGCCAAAAAGAAACAAACUGAAGAAUUAUCUGACGAAAAAAAAGCCAGAAAAGAAAUAAUAGCAUCACCUUCGGAAAUAAAUGAAAAAGCUCGAUUGUACGAUCCGUUGGCUAGUUCGGAGUUGUACAGCGUCACGUGCCAAGUAAAAAGACGCGAAAAACCUACUAUGGAAAAAUUAACGAAGCAAUCGGGAACGGCAGAAAUACGUAUUGACGAUAGAAAGUCGGGGGAAUUUGAAGAAGAUAUUGAAAUGGAACAAAAAAAUGUUCAGAUUUCUGCACAUGAAACUAAAAAAUCUAUUGGAAAAAGUAUUCAAACAGAUCUGCGAAAAUCUGAAAAAUACAAAAGGUGUGAUAAGAUGUUGCAUAUCGACACGCAAUUUUCCAGAGCAGCUGACUUGGAAAAGAAAAAGAAAAAAGAAAACAGAAAACAUGAAAAAUGGAUCGAUAAAUAUAAAUAUAAACAGAGAGAACCUGAUAGUAGUUCACCACGAAAAAAACAAAAAUAUUGUAAUAAGCCAACACUGAUUAAAGAAAAAUUUUAUGAUAGAAGAAAGCAAAAAAUGAUUUGUAGUCGCGAUAUGCAAAUUCAUGGACAUCCCAGUCGCACAGAAUGGUGUCCUGACAAUAUUCGAAGACGGAGAAGAGUCGUUCCUCCGUUAAGAUCAGUAGCUGAAUUAAGAGAAGAUCGUCAAACUCGGUGUAAUCUUCGCGACAGGGAAGAUACUCAAAGCACGAAAGAUGAUGCCUGCGAUCUGAAGUCUGCAAACAAGUCAGAAGUCUGCUCUUGUCAUGUUCAGCCACAAUUUACAGCAUCUGAACAAAUAGUUUGCUAUCAAGAUUAUCAACGGAAAUUUUUGAGUUCAAAAAAAUAUAAUAAUGAUUCAUCAGAAAAGAAAUCACAGCAUAUAAAAAAGAAGUACGAUGUUAAUGUACGUAAAACCAGAUUAGAAGUACCUAUGUUGAAGAAAUAUCUACCCGCAUAUCAAACGCCAGGUUUAAUAGAAGAGCUGAAAGAACACGAUAGAAUGAGAUUAAUUCAAGAACGAGAAGCUAGAAGAUGGACGGCUUUGAGCGCUCUUCGAAAUACAAGGGAUUCUCUCUCAAGUACAAAAUCGAAGGAGUGGGCAUGCGGUACUUCUGUAAUAUGCGAUGCUCGUGAAAGCGUUAGCAGAUUAACUUCGGUCUCUACAAGAUUGAUCGAGGGGAAUACCCUUCCAUAUCAAGAAACGCAAACUUUCAAAGACAUGGUGCGAGAGUUUCGGAAGAAAGUGAUGAAAGCCGACAAGCCUCUAAUAUCUUUAUCUCAGCGUGCAGACAAAUGUAAAGAUCUGAAACAAUUAUUUCCUCCCAAAAAUGAUCAUGUAGGAAUUACGACAAAGUUUGAGAAAGUAAACAAGUUUAAGGAUCAAUACGUCGAUCUUCGCCGAUCAGCCGAAAGUAGGAAGGAAAGAAACUCUGGAAGCUUUAACGACGUGGACGAAGAGAAGGGAGAGAAUAUCAUGAAAGAACAAGAGCCGGAAAAUAAGGCGGAAAAUGAUAACAGAAUGCCGGAGGCGAAUUGCGCUUUGGAAACGUGCGGAGAGAAAAGGAUCAAGCAAGAGAUUUGCAUGGAUAUAUUGGCGGAAAAGAAGCGCGAUGAAGGUAUGAGUCCAACAAGGCUCAGUGAGAUAAUUAACAAAGAAAUAAAUGAUUCCCUUAAACGGAUCAAUAACUCUAUUAAAGAUGCUAUGAAAACUCUCGUGAAAAGUUCAAUGGAAGAGAAACAGUUGAUUUUGCCAUGUUCAAAGGAACCUAAAGGAAUAUCCGAUACAAGUCGAUUCCGCGCACUAGAAGAACGUUGCAAGGAAUCACUCAACGUUUGCACCAAUCGACAAACUACAUGCCAUGUUUCACGGCAGAAUGAUAAAUUAUCCACACAUAACAGUUCGUAUCUGUGCAAAAAAAUGCAUGAGAACGCAAUACCAUUACCAGUACAAAAUAAAAUUAACAGUGAAAGAAAGAGUAAAAAGCAUUCGAAAUCAGCGAAUAAUGUGAACACCGAUAAUCACAGAAUGACCGGGAAUGUCAAUAUCUAUAUUUGCUCGGAGACUAAUGACAGUAACCAGUGCAGCAGUUGCCUAAUUUUAUUCAUGAGAAGAGUGACGAUAAUAUCAUUUGCGAUAACGGAACAUUACAUCAACGAUGAGAACGUUCGAUGUAAGAACGCUAUCUCAUCGACCAAAGACGAUUACUACUGCAAAGAUACGAAUAAUAUAGAUCUUCAACAGGAUUCGUCGUACUUAACGCUUCCAUGUUCGAGUUUCAGUGCGUAUAACAAUAUUAAACAUUCAGAGUCUUGGAUGGCCACGUAUCCUUCAGAACCAAAAACCAGGCUAAACGACAAUAAUGUCUGUCUGUCAAGAGCGAUUUGUACCGAUGUAAAACAAAGGGAUUAUCGCAAAAAUAAUGUUCACGGAAACGAUAGCGAAUGCACCAUAUGUCACGCGGUCGAUGGUAGCAGGUGGUUACCGAAAUCGAUCUACACGGAGUGCGCGUUCGACGAGGAACCUAGAGAAUAUUUCGCCGACAAUAGUUGUAAAUAUCGAAAUAAAAUAUUCCAGGAUUCAUCAAUAAAUUGCAAUGAUAUAUGGAAGAGACAGACAGGAUGUAAAUGUUUGCAACAAUCUCUCGGAAGUUGCCAAAGAGAAGUAAUAGCUCGACAAUGGUCCACAUGUAGUUGUAUUACGGAGGAGGAUGAAGAUUAUUGCAAGAACGUUGAGAAAGAGCUCCCUCAAAAUGUGUGCAAUGUCGUAGAGAGUCUAGAAAAAAUAUCCAUUUGUCCAACACCUAGAAAAUUAGUCAAAAGUGUAACUGUAUGCGAGACGUCAUCUGACGAUGGGAAAUGUUUUGAAAAAUCACGAAAAUAUAAGAAGAAAGAGGAAUAUUUGAAAGACAUUAGUGUGUGUGAAACAAGAUUUGGAAAUUCGGUCGAACCUCCGAAAGUAACAAGAGUCUGUCAGGAAUUUGUUACUGAAGAGCAUCCAGAAGAUAUCACAGUUUGCAAGACAUUUGGAGAAUCGAACGGAUUCCCGGAAGAAGCAAUAGUUUACAAGACGGAGCAUUCUGACUCCAAAGAUACUCCAAAGGAAACAAUUUGUAAGGAGAUUCUCGAUUCAAACUUUACCAACCAAGACGAUGUUAACAGAGCAUCCCUAAACGAUGUAAAGGAUAAACUUGUGGAAGAAAGUACAACUAGCUCGAACUUAAAUAGUAUGGAAAAGAAUGCUGGCAAUAAAAAGAUGGUAAAACCAAAUAAUAAGCAUGAUGUUGCCCUUAAUAGUUUUACAGGACAACAAUUUACUAAUGUAGAGCAAGAUGAACAAAUAAACAAAAUGAUGAAUAAUGGAUUGAAAAAUGUACCUCAUACUCCCAUUGAAUCAAUUAAAGACUCUAAACCAUUGUCAAAAAAUGUUUAUUCUACAUUACCACACGCACAGUUUUAUAAUCGCUCGAAUCUUGUAUCUAAUUCCAGUGUAAAGAAAACAUCGAAAUCUCAUAUUAAUCAGCGAAGAAUGCAAUCGCUUAAUCGAUCAAUGAGGAAUCACUUUCAACAAUCGAAUAAUCCUCCGCAAAAUUUGAUAUCAAAUAAAAAUAAUCAACAGGAAGAAAAAACAUUAGAAAACUUUCAAAAAAAAGAAGAGAAGCAAGAUAUUUCAAAAGAAAUGAAAAUGAUUGAGGACAAACAGAGAGAAUCAUCUUUACGACGAUUUAAAAAAUUGAUCGAUGUAAUUAGACGUGGUAAGACAUUUAUUACAGACAGAAUAGAAAUAGGUAAAAUUGAAGCAAAGGAAACAAUUGCUGAUAGUAAAAGAGAUGUUGAACAAGUAGAAAUUGCUUCAGAAAUUGAGGAUAAACUCAAUGAUACAAAAGAUCAGCGAGAGAUUAUUAAAAAAGUGUCUACAUCAAUGAAACCACUACAAACAGAGAUUACAGAUAAAGAAAAGAAGAUGGAUAUUCAAAGAACAGACCAGCCAAAAUUAUUACGUGUCAUCACAGCGAAGAGAUCGCAUGUUUCAUCAAUUGUAGUGACAAUUGAUUCUAAACUCCAACACCCUGAAGUAUUAUCUGUUCCUACUGAAAAAAUUACAACUCAUGUUGUCAACCAGGAGAAACCCUCAGAAGAAAAAGUAACUUUGCAGGAACAUAGUCCUGUGGAAGUUACGAAAGAAAUAAAAGCGGAUGUUGUAAUUAUGCCCGAAAUGAAUCUUGCCACUGUCGAAGAUGCUUCAAAAGAUGUUGCUGAUGAAAAUACAGUUUCCCAAAAUAUUCUGAAUGAUACACCAGAAGAAAAAUUACAAAAUAUUCUUAUUCUUUGUAAAUGCAGUCUACCUUCUGAUUCGAAUGAUUGUUUGUGUUCGAUUGCCAAGUAUAUAAAAGUACUUUGUCCGCAGAAGGAGGAGGAACCGCAAAAAUCUGUCCUUUGUGUGAGUUACAAGAGAGGUGCAGUAACUGCGGUAAACUAA